CGGGGUGAACAGGCAGCGCCAUGGGGAGACCGUUGCGCGGAGCCACAGUGGCAUGUUUUCAGAGUCCGCCGCGCGGACACGAGAAGCUUUCUGCGACUUUUUGAAAUGUUCACAGGGGCUCCUCGAGGUGUAGUCACUGGAGUUGGAGAGGCGGUGUCCUCGUUUGACUAAUAAUAACUUGGAAACUUCUCCACCGGCCCGCUAUGGGGAGCGCGCUAUGAAGGCAGUUUAACGCUGAAGCUGUCCCUGCGAACAGGUGGAUUACUGAUAUUUCCUGAGGACUUCAGAUACAAGGACCCCAGCCAGAUGAUUACAGUUACAACCUGUCCAUUGAUUGGUACUGGAGAGAUCCUGCGGGUAUCUGAGGCCUAAGCAUGCCAGCCCCCCCUCCUCCCCCUCCGCCUCCCCCGGCGGCCCCUCCACCCCCACUGCCGCCCAGUGCUGCCCUGCCACAGUGUCUGUCUGAGCCUCCGAAGAUCCAGUCUGGUGGAGGAGGAGGUGGAAGGAAUGCCCUGUUGGCCGACAUCCAGAAAGGAGCCAGGCUCAGGAAAGUCACGCAGGUCAACGACCGCAGCGCCCCUGUUGUCGAUAAGCCCAAGACCAGCAGUGGAGAUGUAUCCAGCAGUGUUGGUGCUUCUCAGGGUUCAUCAGGAGGGGUGGGAGCUUCUUUGGGUGGGCUCUUUGCUGGAGGGUUUCCCACUCUCAGGCCUAUAGGACAGAGAGACCUAGCAAGCAAGUCAGCAGUGUCUCGAUCGAGCUCAUCAGCAUCCCUCAAGCCGCUGUGGAACGCGCCCACGUCAGCGGACCCAGAGCCUCACAGGACGGCAGAGCUCCAAAGCUCCGUCCACCCCCACCACGCGCCUUCAUCCUCUGCUCCUGCCUCCCCUUCUCACGGCAGCAAGCACCCACCUUCUUUCCCUGCUCCCUCUCCCCCUCCGACUCCUCCUGUCCCUCCCUCUGCUCCUCCCCCACCUCCCCCACCUCAAGCCUUCCAGGACCGUCCAGCCAACAAGCCUCCCCCUCUCCCCUCCUGCCCUCCCCCUCCACCCCCAUCCCAAGUCACCAAGCCCACCUGGCUCCCCAUCCAGUACUCCCACCACACCACCGUCUCGCAGCCCUCUACUCCUCCUCCUCCUCCUCCACCUUUCCAACCUCCCUCCACUUUCACAGGGGACCGCUCCUCAGGAUGCUUCUACCCUCUGCCCCCCUCUCCAGUCCACUUGGAACCUUCUAGGUUCCCCAUCCAGCGGGACAGCCCUCUUGGACCUCCUCCAACACCACCUCCUCCUCCUCUCCUGGCUUCUUUCACUCCCAACUGCCCAUCCACCCUCCCUCCACCACCGCCCAAGAUGGCCCCAGUUCCCUCCCCAGCCAUGCGCUCUCUGCCGCCAUCAUACCCCUGCAAUGCUCCCACCCGACGCCCACCUGCCGUGCCCAGAAAUGCAGUUCCAUUGCUGAUGUCGGACUCCUCUCAAACACCCCUGGUGACAGGUCUGGGUCGGCUGGCUCCUCCUCCAGCUCCUCCGGCACGUUCCCCCUCCACUGAGUUGUCCACACGCAUUCCUCCCCCUCCACCACCACCUCCCCUGCCCCCAUCCAGCCUCAGGAACGGACACCUACACAGCCUGGAUGACUUUGAAUCCAAGUUCCAGUUCCACCCUGUAGAAGAUUUACCUCCUCCUGAUGAAUUCAAGCCUUUCCCUCGGAUCUACCCCAGCAGGGAAAGCAGAGCAAACCCCAAACCACCUGGGAUCAGGACACACCUCAGAUGAGUCAAGGCCUCAUCCUGUUCUUCAUUUCCCAAACAUAGCAAAAAGACUCUAUGUUCUUCCUCCUCCUCCUCCUUUCUCGUGACAGUAACAUAAUUGGACUUAUUUGGAUGCAAGCCCUGUGUGUGUGUUUUGUUUGUGUUUAAUGUAUCAUUGUGUGUGUGUAUAUGUGAGUGUCAGACAGGCUUCCCGCCUUAUACUGACUAUGGGACCUCUGACCUUUUCCAGUGUGGAAUGUUUUGAAUGUGUGUGAGGAGGAGGACUCUCCCUACUCAUUCUCAUAAACUACAUGCAGACUCUACACACACACAUACACUCCUAGGAAAGUGUCGUCCAGUAGCUAUAUUUAACAUGACUCUUGACACAGUUCGUAACAGCUUAAGCAUUUCAAAAUCUUCAUACAGUAUAGAAUAUUUUGAUUUUAUCUCUUGAUAUUUCAAGACAGAGAUAUUUUGUCACAAUGUAUGUACAGUAUCACUUUUAAAGUCUGCAUUUAACCCACAAACAUUAUUAUUAAACACACAGUUUUAAGAUAAUGAAGCUGUUUUAAAGACAGA